AAGAAGUCGCUGCUGCCGCUGUGGCUGCAGGUGAUCCUGAUCGCCGGGCUGCUGGUGCUGUCGGGGAUGUUCAGCGGGCUCAACCUGGGGCUGAUGGCGCUGGACCCCAUGGAGCUGCGCAUCGUGCAGAACUGCGGGACCGAGAAGGAGAAGCGUUACGCCCGGAAGAUCGAGCCCAUCCGCCGGAAGGGGAACUAUUUGCUCUGUUCCCUGCUGCUGGGUAACGUGCUGGUUAACACCACGCUCACCAUCCUCCUCGACGACCUCAUCGGCUCCGGCAUCGGCGCCGUCGUCGCUUCCACCAUCGGCAUCGUCAUCUUCGGCGAGAUCGUGCCCCAGGCGCUCUGCUCGCGGCACGGCUUGGCCGUGGGCGCCAACACCAUCGUGGUCACCAAGUUCUUCAUGCUGGUGACGUUCCCCCUCUCCUACCCCAUCAGCAAGCUCCUCGACUGCAUCCUGGGCCAGGAGAUCGGCACUGUCUACAACCGGGAGAAGCUGGUGGAGAUGUUGAAGGUGACGGAACCCUACAACGACCUGGUGAGGGAGGAGCUCAACAUGAUCCAGGGAGCCCUGGAGCUCCGCACCAAGACGGUGGAGGACGUGAUGACCCCGCUGCAGAACUGCUUCAUGAUCAACAGCGACGCCAUCUUGGACUUCAACACCAUGUCGGAGAUCAUGGAGAGCGGCUACACCCGCAUCCCCGUCUACGAGGAGGAGCGUUCCAACAUCAUGGACAUCCUCUACGUCAAGGACCUGGCUUUCGUCGACCCCGACGACUGCACCCCCCUCAAAACCAUCACCAAAUUCUACAACCACCCCGUCCACGUCGUCUUCCACGACACCAAGCUGGACGCCAUGCUGGAGGAGUUCAAAAAGGGUCAGGGGGCCCGGGGGUGCCGCUGCUUCCCCGAGGUGCUGCUUUCUCCCCCUCGGAGGAGGCCGAGUUCCGACGCCGUUUCUCCCUUGCAGGGCAAGGUGGAGGUGGAGGCUGGCAAGGAGUGCAUGAAGUUCGAAGCGGGAGCUUUCUCCUAUUAUGGGGUGAUGGCCCUCAGCCCCUCUCCUCCAUCUG